CUCAUUAUAUAUUUAGCACAGAUCCAGGCAAUGGACUGAUUCGCCGUACGAAUUAAAUGAGUGAAUAAAGAAUCAAGUAGAACCAACCACAACGGUGCCAAACACCAAAGCUUCAACUAAAAGAUUCUGCGACGUUGCAUUGAUGUCUGAAAACGAAGGUCAAAAUGGAUAGAGGUUGAGAAUAACAAAACCUCUCCUUGCGGCUUUGGUGCUUUGUGUUUGUGCAGUAUUAAUACUAUUAUUGAGCCUUUUUACCGUCUACGGUUAGUCAGAGCACGUCAGAGUUAUAGUAUUUGAUCUGUAUGAAGGAUAAACCAACCAACUGGAAUUGUUUUUAAAAAUACAACCAUAGUGGAACAAGCAACACACAAUUUCCCAACAUUAUGUCCACCUCACCAAGGACAGCAUCCUUUUAUAUAAGUGAUGAGGCUGAGGGAGGAACUCCAAAUGAAAUAAUGGAUUGUGAAUUUUUAGAUAGGAAGAUAAUUGUGGGAGUGUGUGCUAUGGCCAAGAAAUCUGGAUCCAAGCCUAUGAAAGAAAUUUUGCAUCGGCUGUUAGAACAUUUUGAAAGACUAGAAAUUCUUAUUUUUGAAGAGAGUGUCAUUUUAAAUGACCCUAUUGAAAAAUGGCCAAUAGUUGAUGCUUUCAUUUCUUUCUUUUCUUAUGGUUUUCCAUUAGAUAAGGCAAUAGCUUACAGUCAAUUACGUAAACCUUAUGUCAUCAAUGAUUUAGAAAUGCAACAUGUUCUGAAAGACAGAAGAGAAGUGUAUAAAGUAUUACAAGUUGAAGGAAUACCCCAUCCUCGAUAUGCUGUAUUAAAUCGUGAUCUUGGUUCUACAGAAGCACAUUAUCAAGAAACAGAUGAUGCUAUAGAGGUUAAUGGAGUCUUGUUUCCCAAACCGUUUGUUGAGAAACCCGUUGAUGCAGAAGAUCAUAAUGUUUAUAUAUUUUUUCCUGUACAGGCUGGUGGUGGUAGUACACGCCUGUUUAGAAAGCAGAAAACUACCACUUUUAGAAAGGUUAAAGAUAGAAGUAGUGUUUAUGGUCCACAUAGUCGUGUGAGAAAAGUUGGAUCUUAUAUUUAUGAAGAUUUUAUGCCUACUGAUGGUACUGAUGUAAAGGUCUAUACGGUAGGAUUAGAUUAUGCACAUGCUGAAGCUAGAAAAUCACCUGCAUUAGAUGGCAAAGUUGAAAGAGAUAGAGACGGAAAGGAGAUACGAUAUCCAGUAUUGCUAAGCGCGAAAGAAAAAUUGAUAGCAAGGAAAGUUUGUAUUGCAUUUAAGCAAAAUGUAUGUGGUUUUGAUCUUCUAAGGACAAGCGGUCAGUCAUAUGUAUGUGAUGUCAAUGGUUUUAGUUUUGUAAAGACCUCUAGUAAAUAUUAUGAUGAUAGUGCUAAAAUACUAGGUACUAUGAUAAUGAGAGAGGUGGCGCCACAGUUGCAGUUGCCAUGGAUACUAGGAUGUGCACCAGAAGAUCUACCUGUAGUACCAACAGCAUCUGGUUCAAUGAUGGAAUUAAGAUGUGUUGUGGCUGUUGUUCGUCAUGGUGAUAGAACUCCAAAACAAAAGAUGAAAAUGGAAGUAAAACAUAAAAAAUUUUUUGAUCUGUUUGAAAAGUAUGGAGGUAUGAAAAAUGGACAUCUGAAACUGAAAAAACCUAAACAGUUACAGGAAGUAUUGGAUGUGGUUCGACAUCUUUUAUCGAACAAUCAAAAAGAAAAAGAUCCCGAAGUGGAAGAGAAAAAGGUUAAAUUCCAACAACUAAAACUGGUUUUAGAAAUGUAUGGACAUUUUUCUGGAAUUAAUCGUAAAGUUCAAAUCAAGUAUCAGCCUAGGGGUUGUCCUAAACGGUCAUCUAGUGAGGAGGAUCUAAGUACUUAUAGUUCGGAUGCAUGGUUUGAAUAUGAAGUUCCAAGAGAACCGUCCUUGUUGCUGAUAGUUAAAUGGGGAGGGGAGCUAACUCCAGCAGGUAAAAUUCAAGCAGAAGAACUAGGAAAAGCUUUCCGUACCCUUUAUCCAGGUGGCCAAGAUAAUUUUUCAGGUCAGUUUGAGACUCCUGGACUAGGGUUUCUCAGGUUACACAGUACUUUUCGUCAUGAUUUAAAGAUGUAUGCCUCUGAUGAGGGAAGAGUUCAAAUGACAGCAGCAGCUUUUAUAAAGGGUUUACUAGCUUUAGAAGGAGAAUUGACACCUAUUAUGGUACAGAUGGUUAAAAGUGCUAAUACCAAUGGUUUACUAGACAGUGAAGGCUUGAGCUCAAAAUAUCAAAUUGUUGUUAAAGAGAAGUUGAAAGAUAUAUUUAAUCAAGAUAAAGAUUUUACGGAAGAAGAUUAUAAAAAGCUUGCUCCAACUGGUAGUGUGUCCUUAAUUAAUGCAAUGAAAUUUGUUAAAAAUCCAAAAGAAAUGUGUGAUAAAGUUCAUGCAAUGGUGAAAGAAAUAACUGCAUUGAUCAGAAGUCUUAAAAUAGAACUAAAAUCUCGAGAUUUGAAGUUAUAUCAUGGUGAAUCAUGGGAAUUAUUUAUCAGACGCUGGGCUAAAUUAGAAAAAGAUUUUAAGUUAAAGAAUGGACGAUAUGAUAUAAGUAAAAUCCCUGAUAUAUAUGAUUGUAUAAAAUAUGAUCUACAACAUAAUAAGAAAACAUUACAAUACGAAGGAGCUGAAGAGUUGUUUAUGUGUUGUAAAGCACUAGCUGACAUAAUUAUACCACAGGAAUAUGGUAUAACUGUUGAAGAAAAAUUACAUAUAGCACAAAACUUUAGUAAUCCUUUAAUUAGAAAAAUUCGAAGUGAUUUUGCCCAGUGUGAACAACUUAAUCAAGAAGAUGAUUCUACCAGAUUAGAUUCUAGAUAUUCAAAAGGUGUAUCAACACCAGAGAGAUUUGUUAGAACCCGUUUAUAUUUUACUAGUGAAAGUCAUAUCCAUUCUUUAUUAACUAUAUUGCGCUAUGGUUCUCUAUGUGAUGAGGCUAAAGAUGAACAGUGGAAACGUGCUAUGGAUUAUAUUAACGCUACAUCAGAGUUAAAUUAUAUGACACAGAUUGUUCUAAUGAUGUUUGAAGAUCCAAGUAAGGACCCAACAUCAGAAGAGCGGUAUCAUAUGGAACUACAUUUUAGUCCUGGAGCCUAUACUAGUUGUGAUACCAGUUUAACAUCACCAAGGGGGAUGGGUUAUAGACCUAAACCAAAAACAGAUAAGAAAGAUAAUAAAGAUGAUGUGAUAAAAGAGUCAACGAGUUUGCAAGGUUCCUGUACCUGGGAGGGUUCUUUAUAUAAAGAACAACUUAAACCACGCCUUAGUAGAUCUGACCCACAGACUUCUUAUACUACACCAGGAAUAAAAUGCAACCUUGGAGAAAUACUUGAGAGUGAUCUAUAUGAACAGGAUACUGUAGACCAUUUGAAUGUUGAAAACAGUUCUUCUAAAACACUUGAUUCCAGUAUUCCUGAGUGGGAUUGGGGAGAAACAGAUGAUAAACAGCAAGAAAAAACACGAGAGUGUAAGCCUCAGCCUACUGGCACAUGUAAAAGUGAACCUAUACCAUGUGUGAAACCUGUACAAAUAACAGUUGAUCCAGUUUCAAGCCAAGAUUCUUCCAAGCCACAGAGUCUUGAUGAAAAACGCAGUAGAAGUCUGGAUGAUGACAAAAAAUCGGAUGAAAUCACAACGUCUAAUACAAACGGUAGUCUCACCCCUUUAAAGCUCACCUUUGUUCAUGGCAAGGAUAAAACCAAACCGCGAUACUUGCAUUCAUUUUCCAGUGAAUUGUCAGCCACCCUAUCGGAGCCCAUACAAAAUAGACUUCGUCUACAGGCAUAUGUUCAUCGUCAUUAUCAGACUGUACAUUUACCUUUAAAUUCAGACAGACAUCGGCAUUCCUGUUCGAGUUUAUUUUACCUUAAUACAAAUGCCCUGAAAGCUUUUGAGGGUUUUAAUAUGGUGCCGUCCAUAAAACCGCUAGAGACAUUACACAAUUCUUUAACAUUUCGAGCUGUGGAUGAUUUUCUCCAUCGUACAACGACCAACAGAUUUCUAACACCUUUAGCAUCUCCACCAUAUAAUCAUGAUUUCCCGGCUGGUAAAAGUCUUCCACUUACAGUUCCUAAUAAAAUAAUUCACAGUUUACCAUCAUCAUGUAGUUCCAGUGCUGGUCCUUCAUCACCAACAUCAGCUUCCACACCCGUUGAUAUUAUUCAAAAACUGAAAAUGUUUAUGGUUGAAUCACAGGGAUCACGAUCUGAUGGAGAUACAGACUCUUCUAGUUCAUCUCAAAAUAGACAGGAUCAAUAUGUAUCGGACUCAAACAUUGAUCCAUUUGAUUUCUCACUUCUCCAAUCUGUUAAUUCUAGUUCUGUCUCAUCACCAGACAACAAUGAUAGAUUUACAGUAAAACAUGUUGAUGACUCGCUCUAUAAUACACAUAUAGUCUCUGCAGGAGGUCCAAAAACAACUUCUGAAGAUAUAUAUACUGGUAUUCAUAGGAGUGAUUCUCAAGCAGAUAGCGACACCCCAGAUUCGGUUACUAUAAUUGACUCCUCAGCAACAGACUUAGAUGCUCGAUCCCUGUCAGGAAUUCCACCAAUAGUAGAUUACACAGAUGCAACUUUAUUGCUUUGUGAAGACAUUACCCAAAUGGACAAAGAAAGUAAAGAUUUUCAAACAAAUUAAAUGUCUUAAUUAAUCAACGGUGAUUUUCUAUAAUAGGCCUAUAAACUAGAAGAGUUAUGUUUAAUUUUGUCUAUAAAAUAUUGGGUAUCUGUGUAACAUAUAUUUCACCAAUUAAUCAAUGAAAGUAGUUAAAGAUGCAUUAUUUAAAAGCUUCAGAAAACUGCAUAUUGUAGUGUUUUUUUUCUGGCUUCAAAUGUUAUAUAAAUUAUUAUUGAGACAUUUAUUCCUAUGGCAAGCCCAUAUCAACACUCUAAAUCAUUGGAUGGCUAAGUGGGUAAGACGCUGGCUCGCUAGAUUGGAGGUCGGGUGUUCGAUCCCGGCAUUAGCCGAGAAAGUUCAUCCAGAUUUUCCGGCGUGAUUUCCCCUUGUCAGUGAUGCAGGAUGGAGGGCCUUGCAAGGACAGCUGUCUAGUCCUUCGGAUGAGACGAAAAACUGGGGUCCCGUGUAUAUAUUGGAAUGCACGUAAAAGAUCCCCUGGCAGUUGGAAUUCGAUAUAAGAGUAGGCGAUAGUGCCGCUGCCCGGGCAAAAUUUCCCGCAUAGCACACUGUAUGGCGUAUGCCUGUCUUCAUUAGCCCAGUAUAGGAGCAGAACAGCAGGACUUUAAACCCCAUUUCAUUCAUUUCGAAUGGCUAAGUAUUAAGUGAAUUAGAUAAUGUCUGCCAUAUCUUCGUUAAACGUUAAUUUGGACGCUAGUCAUGGAGACUGCUGAUUGUAUGACUGAAAAUUGAGACUUUAUAUAUUACACGGGCAAUAGUAUUUGACAAUAAAGACUAUUUAGGCCAUUUCUUGUUAAAACCUAAAAACAUUCAUAACUUUUCUCAGAACAAAGUAAUUUGUCGGACAUUUUCAAUAUACUUAUUUUUUAUUAUCUUUUUUAAAACUAUUAUAGCAAGAAUGGUCAGCUCUGUCUGACAUUUUCAAUAUUUUUAUUUUUCAUUAUCUUUUUUAAACAAUUUAAGCAGGAAUGGCCAGCUCUUUAUCUAAAUCUUACAUAAUGCAUCUUUAAAGAAUACAGAUAAUAAUGACUGGUUGAUUAUUCUCUCUCAUUUUGGAGUUUUUAUAAACUUAUUUUGCUGCAUGUAGGUGUACUAUGUGGCCUGACAAAAUUAUGUUUAUGUUUUAUAUUCAUUUAAGCAUUAAUAUACAUUUUUAUACAAAAUCACCCAAGUGACCAAAAAAAGUAAUUAUUAUUUGUUGUCAUUACAUAUUAACUUGAUAAAAAUGUAACAAUUUCUUCUUCCAUUCUAUUUCCAUGCCAAACUGAAUAAGAAAUUUACCCAUUUGUUUGCAGAAUUGAAAUAAAAUAAAUUGUAUUUUCAAAGAUGGGCCUGAUCAACUUUGGGAGGUAAUUUUACGGAUACAGAUUUUUAUUGCUACAUUAUUUUUACAUAAUACAAAUGUCUGCCCCUAAAGGUCUUAAUGGAAUUACUAAUUGAUUGAUUUUGAAUGUAAGAUUAGUAUAUGUGAGUGGAUGGAAUAUUUGUGAGAGAGUUUUAAAAUAAUGGAAAUAUUAAUGUAUAGAAGAAUAUAUUAUUUUUUUUUUAUGUGAACAAAAUAUUGUAAGGAAAUAUUGUUUUAUUGUGCUGAUAUCCUUGUUUAUGCAUUUUAUAGUUAGAGAAUAACUUAUGCUCAUCCAGUAUGUGUUAAUUAACUGGAAUGCUCACAAUUUUUUGCUUAUUGAAUGUCUAUUUGACAAAAUGUUUGUAAAGAGUUCAUACAGCUCUUAGAGUUAUCAUAUCUUUGUCCAAGAAAUAGAAUAGCUUCGAUGAAUCUCAAAAGAUUUCUCAGUUGAAGGUUAAAUUUGAUUAAAGAAAUAGUCAUUUAUUAAAUAAAAUAUUGGGACAUUCGAUUAUAUUUUCCCAAAUACAUAUCACUAUUUUGAAAAAGCUUAUGAAUUACACAAAAGGAUGUAUGAAUAUAUAAUGAAAUGAAUGCUAUAUUAUUAAUUGUUUUGAAUGAGAUAUAAUUGUUAUUGAUUGUUGAUUAUAUAUAAACGCCUUUAAUAGUUGUUGAAAUAAACAAAUAAAAGAC